AUGGCGGCCGCCUCGGUGUGGAAGGGGCUGGUGGGGCUCGGCCUCUUCGCCCUGGCCCACGCGGCCUUCUCGGCAGCGCAGCAUCGUUCUUACAUGAGAUUAACAGAAAAGGAAGAUGAAACCUUGCCCAUAGAUAUAGUUCUUCAGACUCUGUUAGCCUUUGCAGCUACCUGCUAUGGGAUAGUACAUAUUGCAGGAGAAUUUAAAGACAUGGAUGCCACUUCAGAACUAAAAAAUAAGACGUUUGACACAUUAAGGAACCAUCCAUCUUUUUAUGUAUUCAACCACCGUGGCAGAGUAUUGUUCCAGUCCCCAGACACAGUGAAUUCUUCUUCAAGCCAAGAUGCUUUGUCAUCCAGCUCAUCACUGAAAUUCCGAAAACUUGAACCUCUGCGCCGCUAAGACUUUUACAGCUGAGCAGAAAUCAUCCACAGAGGACGCUGAGAUGUAAUAUUCAA